GUGGACUUUGUUGACCACUAGGUGGCAGUGGUGCGCCCACACAGCUGCCCAACAUCGAAACCACAUGGAGUUCUGACGUCAUCUGCAAGCGACGGUGGAGUCUUCAACUGUCGCCAUGGCUGAGGAAGCGGAAUCCAAGAAGGUGAUCAAGCUGGUCCCUGAGUAUCUGCUGAAGAAGAGGAAAGCAUACCAGGCCAUUAAAGCCACGCAGGCCAAGCUCGCACUGCUCGACAAGAGGAAGGUCUCAAAAGGAAAGCCGUUAAAGUUCAAGCGUUUGGAAGACUUUUUGAAAGACAGUCACAAGAAGCACCGGGAUGAAACUCGGAUUAGGAGAGCCGAUCACAGGCCGCCCGCUCCUCUCCCUCCUGCCAAGAACAGACUUGCCUUCGCUGUCCGCAUCAGAGAGAUUAAAGGUGCCAGUCCCAAGGUGUUGAAGGUGGUCCAGAUGCUAAGGCUCAGACAGAUUUUCAGCGGGGCCUUCGUCAAAAUCAACAAGACCUCUGUAGCCAUGAUGAAGAUCCUGGAGCCGUAUGUGGCCUGGGGAUUCCCCAACCUGAAGUCAGUGCGUGAGCUGAUUCUGAAGAGAGGACAGACCAGAGUAAUCAAGAAGAAGGUUCCUCUCACAGACAACACCUUCAUCGAGCAGCACAUGGGUAAACAUGGGAUCAUCUGUUUGGAGGACCUGAUCCAUGAGAUCUACUCUGUAGGGAAGGGCUUCAGGGCCGCCAACAACUUCCUGUUGCCUUUCAAGCUGUCGGUGGCUCGUCACGCUGCGAGGGAUAAGGCCGGGCUUCUGAAGGACUUGGGAAAUCCAGGGUUUCGUGGUACUGACAUUAACGCUAUCAUCAGACAACUGAACUGAGAGGACACGGACACGAGAUGGACUUUCAGCAGCAUCCUGGAGGAUUCCUUUUGCUGCGACGGGCACACCCGUUCAUUGAAACAUGUUGAUAAUUAUACCAUCGCCUCUGAACACGGACUGACUGAGGCAUCUGUGCUCUCUGGUGAACUUAUAACAAUGUUUGAAUGCUAUUGAAAUGUAAGAUAUUACCUAUUGAGAAGUCUUUAUUAAGUAAAUGUAACAGAAAUAAUCCACACUGAAGACAUUUUCAAACUGGUGUCUGCAGCGGCCUCAGCCUCUCCACACUUCUUACAUAUACUGCAUUUUCAGCAGUUUUCAGUGUAACGAGUGAUGAGUGUGUAAAAUGUUUCAUUAGUGACUUUAGUUCACUGUUUAUACACUUUUACAAUAAACCAACAAACAGAACUCUUCCAGAUGAAUGAUGUUUAACAGUUAAAGAGACUUGUUCGAGCUCCAGUUAGUGUUGAGUUCAAAUAAAAGAUCACAGACUA